GCUGAGCCAACAGUCUGGUCCUGCUCUGGAGGUUGGUGAUUUUACUCUGAGGAACAUCCCUAGUGAGGAUAUAAAGACGCUUCUAAGAUUUCGGGGGGAAAGAGGACUGAGCGUUGGACUUCAAUUGAUUUGGGCAGGCCCUCCACCAUGAGUAAAGGGGACUCUUACGACAUGUUUGAGAUGAAUGGAGAAGUGGAUGUCAAGAUGAAGAAAAAGAAGAAGAUAAAGAAAAAGGAUAGGCUAGAGGGCAUGAAGAAGGAGAUGGACAUUGACGACCACGAGAUCACAAUAGAAGAGCUAGAGAUGAGGUAUACCACCAGUGUUACCAAGGGCCUGACGUCCAGCAAAGCAGCGGAGGUUCUGGAGCGGGACGGCCCCAACGAACUGCUGCCCCCCAAAGGGACCCCAGAGUACGUCAAAUUUGCCCGUCAGCUGGCCGGAGGGCUGCAGUGUCUGAUGUGGGUGGCAGCCGUCAUCUGCUUCAUUGCUUUCGGCAUCGAGUUCUCCAGGGGAACCCUCGUUACCUCGGACAACGCUGUACUCGCCAUCACUCUGAUUACUGUUGUUGUGGUGACUGGCUGCUUCGUUUACUACCAAGAGUUUAAGAGCACCAACAUCAUCGCCAGCUUCAAAAAUCUAGUUCCACAGCAAGCCCUGGUGAUCCGUGACGGGCAGAAGAACCAGAUCAAUGAUGGACUGGUGGUGGGAGACCUGGUGGAGAUUAAGGGUGGUGACCUGCCUGCUGACAUCCGAUCAUCUUUGCCCAGGGCUUGUAAGGUGGAUAACUCAUCCCUGACAGGAGAGUCAGAGGCCCCAGAGCAAACCCCGGAGUGUACCCACGAGAACCCCCUAGAGACCAAGAACAUCGCCCUUCUCUCCACCACCUGCCUGGAAGGAGUGGCCACAGGAACGGUCAUCAACACGGGUGACCGCACCAUCAUUGGCCGCAUUGCCAGCUUGGCGUCAGGCGUAGGCAAUGAGAAGACGCCAAUUGCCAUAGAGAUUGAGCACUUUGUUGACAUCAUUGCUGGGCUGGCCAUCUUCUUUGGCUUCACCUUCUUCGUGGUGGCCAUGUUUAUCGGCUAUGCCUUCCUGGAGGCUAUGAUCUUCUUCAUGGCCAUCGUGGUGGCCUAUGUACCUGAGGGGCUGCUGGCUACUGUCACUGUGUGUCUGUCRCUGACGGCCAAGCGUCUGGCCAGGAAGAACUGUGUGGUGAAGAACCUGGAGGCUGUGGAGACCCUGGGCUCCACCUCGGUCAUCUGCUCUGACAAGACGGGCACUCUGACCCAGAACAGGAUGACYGUGGCCCACCUGUGGUUCGACAAUGUGAUCCAUGCCGCAGACACCACAGAGGACCAAUCAGGUCAGAGCUUUGACCAAUCAUCCGAGACAUGGCGAUCGUUGGCAAGAGUGGCAGGACUCUGUAACCGGGCCAUCUUCAAACCCAACCAGGAGUCUCUGCCUAUUCCUAGGAGAAUAGUGGUGGGCGACGCCUCAGAGACGGCUCUGCUGAAGUUCACUGAGCUGGCCAUAGGGAACAUGAUGGAAUACAGGGAACGCUUCAAAAAGGUUGUUGAAGUACCAUUCAACUCCACCAACAAGUUCCAGCUGUCAGUGCAUGAGUUGGAAGACCCCAUGGACCUGCGCUACCUGCUGGUGAUGAAGGGGGCGCCAGAGAGGAUCUUGGAGCGCUGCUCCACCAUCCUGAUAAAGGGCCAGGAGAUGCCCCUGGAUGAACAGUGGAGAGAGGCCUUCCAGACCGCAUACAUGGACUUGGGGAGCCUGGGGGAGAGAGUGCUGGGUUUUUGUCACAUCUAUCUGAAUGAGAAUGAGUUUCCUCGUGGUUACAAGUUUGACUCUGAUGAGAUGAACUUCACCACGUCUGGUUUGUGUUUCGCUGGACUCAUCUCCAUGAUCGACCCGCCACGCGCCACUGUGCCUGACGCUGUCAUGAAGUGCCGCACGGCUGGAAUAAGGGUAGUCAUGGUGACAGGCGACCACCCGAUCACGGCCAGAGCCAUCGCUGCCAACGUUGGCAUCAUCACAGAGGGCAGUGAGACAGUAGAGGACAUCGCUACCAGGAAACACAUCCCAGUGGAGCAGGUCAACAGGAGGGAUGCCCGUGCCUGUGUGAUAAGUGGUGGUCAGCUGAAGGACAUGAGCAGUGAAGAGCUGGACGAAGCGUUGAGGAGUCACCCUGAAAUGGUGUUCGCCCGCACCUCCCCCCAGCAACUCAUCAUCGUGGAGAGCUGUCAGCGCCUGGGCUCCAUUGUGGCUGUGACAGGCGAUGGGGUGAACGACUCCCCUGCAUUGAAAAAGGCAGACAUUGGUAUUGCCAUGGGCAUAGCUGGCUCCGAUGCAGCUAAGAAUGCAGCUGACAUGAUUCUGCUGGAUGACAACUUUGCCUCCAUUGUCACAGGGGUGGAGCAGGGCCGUCUGAUCUUUGACAACCUGAAGAAAUCCAUUGCGUACACACUGACCAAGAACAUUCCGGAGCUCACACCCUACCUCAUCUAUAUCACUGUCAGUGUUCCUCUGCCAUUGGGCUGCAUCACCAUCCUCAUGAUCGAGCUGGCCACUGACAUUUUUCCCUCUGUGUCUCUGGCCUAUGAGAAGGCAGAGAGUGAUAUUAUGCAUCUGAAACCCAGGAACCCGCGUAAGGAUAGGUUGGUGAACGAAUCUCUGGCUGCCUACUCCUACUUCCAGAUUGGAGCAAUCCAGUCUUUCGCUGGCUUCACAGACUACUUUACAGCGAUGGCCCAGGAGGGCUGGUAUCCCCUGCUGUGUGUGGGGCUCAGGUCCCACUGGGAGGAUGUCCAUCUGCAGGACCUGCAGGACAGCUAUGGCCAGGAGUGGACAUACGCCCAGCGUCUGUAUCAGCAGUACACCUGCUACACUGUCUUCUUCAUCAGUAUUGAGAUCUGCCAGAUUGCUGAUGUGUUGAUCAGGAAAACCCGCCGUCUGUCCAUCUUCCAGCAAGGCUUCUUUAGGAACAAGGUGCUGGUGAGUGCCAUCGUCUUCCAGCUGUUGCUGGGUAACCUGCUGUGCUACUGCCCAGGGAUGCCCAACAUUUUCAACUUCAUGCCCAUUAGGGGCCAAUGGUGGUUCGUUCCAAUCCCGUACGGAAUUCUAAUCUUUGUCUAUGAUGAGAUCAGGAAGCUGGGGGUCAGAAGACAUCCAGGAAGUUGGUGGGACCAGGAGCUGUAUUAUUGAGAGAAGAGGGCAUAUAUCUAGACCAGACAUAGGUAUAAAGAUGCAGCUGGCCUAAGAGGACAUUUCUCAGUUCUGCCUCUAGGACAAGACUCAUGCCAAUAAACGUCAACCUGCUAUACAGAGAAGUCGGGCUAGCAAACUGUCGUCCAUCUUGGUCCCAAACAUUCCAAAACAAUACAAUACAAUUUAAAUAUCAAACAAGGUUUGCCAAACUCUGUACAAGUAUAGCUCUGAAUAUCCUAAACCAUUUCUGAUACGGAACCAAAUCUUAUACAUUGAAACAAUAACCAUGAAUUAUUUUGUGAUAUGUUUGUAAAGACACACCUCCAUGUUCUAAUACAAAAAAAAUAGAAUGCUUGAUGUGAGUUUGUAAUAUCAAUUAUAAUUUGGAAUCAUUUCCUUUUGUAAAUGUAGUAUGUGGAUGUCUGUGGGUGAUUGCCUUUUGUUUCUGAAUUCCAUUGCCUUUUUAUGUAUAACAUCACACAUAUUUGCCGUCAAGGGUUCUUUCUUGGUGAUAAUGUUGGAGGUACAGUAGCCUAUAUGCAUUAUAUUUAUGUAUUUGUAUGAAUAAAGUGUGUCAAAUAUAA